AGCGAGCAAAUAAAGAAGACAGACAUCAGGAUAGCGAUGCACAGAGCGACACCCUCGAUUCGGUCGGCUGCUCGGGUCUCACUGCGUCCCGGUGCUGCUCGCCCUAUUAGCAUCUCAGCAUCUUGGCGAUCACAGCAGCAGCAGCAGCAGCAGCAGCAGCAGCAACAGACGGAAACACCCCGCAGCGAGCCGGAAGACACCCGGGCAAUUCUCAGAGAUGUCGGCCUGCUAGCCUUGGCCUUUGGCGGUGCUUUUGGCCUCUCUGUUGCUCUGCUCUCCUCUGGUCAUGCUGGUCCCUCGACCCGCCAGCUUCGGUCAGACCGAUACGUCUCUCUGAAGCUGCUUGACGCCAGGCGAACAUGCUCGCCCUCGUCGACCGAGGGAGACGGGCAGCACGUCUACCUCUCCAUCGAGGGGCCGUCCUCGGUGGGGCAACCACGACUGUCGUCUGCUGAGCUGCUGCAUCAAGGGGACGGGGCACGAGAGGGGGAGGAUCUGAGAAUCUUGAGCGUGUACCUCAAGGAGCCUUCGCUGCAGAUCGAGCGCGCAUACACGCCCCUCUACGCCGAGGCAUUGACCUCGGGGAGCGCAAGGAGCCCCAUCGAGCUUCUCAUCAAACGAUAUCCGGACGGAGAGCUGGGGAGGUACGCACACCGACUGAGUGCGCACGACACGGUCGAGGUCAGAGGACCCGAGGUGACAUGGCAAGGGAAAAGAAGCGAGAUCGACGAGCUCAUCCUGAUCGUUGGCGGGACCGGUAUCACGCCCGCCUACCAGCUCAUCACGACUCUUCUCGGCCGUCCAAGGCAUGGCGGGGCGCCCGCUCGAGCAGAUGCGCCACCCAAGAUCAAGCUCCUCUACGCCGCGCCGCGUCCCUCUUCUCUAUUGCUCCUCCCCGAGCUGGCCCAGCUGCAGCGAUCACACCCGGACAUGCUUGAUGUGCGGCUCUUUGUCGACGAGGCCGAACGCGGGCGCCGCACAGCUGGAGGAGGGCUUCUGAGCUUGUUUACGCGUGCACGGGCGUCUGCAAUGACGGAGCACGGCAUGGAAGCCCAGAUCGGUCAGGUCGCGAGGGCAGACGUCGAAGCGGCCCUGUCUCGAGGACAAGCCUCAAGGCAAGACGGACGGCGGCAGCUUCUGGUCUGUGGACCCGACGGCCUUGUGGCGGCCAUUGCAGGACCAAAGGCGCACGACGGCCGCUCUCAGGGCUCCCUUGGCGGGAUUCUUGGCCAACUACAAGGCAUCUCACGAGAGAAAGUGUGGAAACUGUAG